CUGACUUUCACGCUUCAAAACACAAAACCCUCCACCGGAGGCAAUACCCAACAAGGGUAAGCUGGCUCUAUAUAAUAUGGCCUGGCCCUCUACAAGUCCUUAAGAAACGAUGGGAACUGGGGAAGAUAGGUCGGAGAUAGUGUUUUUCGAUGUGGAAACUACUAUACCCACGCGAACUGGACAGAAAUAUGCACUAUUGGAAUUUGGGGCAAUUCUUAUUUGCCCAAGAAAGCUUGUUGAGCAACAUAGUUACUCUACCCUUGUACGACCCUCUGACCUCUCUCUUAUUUCUACCCUUUCUGUUCGCUGCAAUGGAAUUACCAGAGAUGCUGUCACUUCUGCCCCUUCAUUCGCUGAUAUCGCCGAUAAAGUCUUUGAUGUUCUCCAUGGGAGGAUAUGGGCAGGCCACAAUAUACUGAAAUUUGACUGUCCAAGGAUUCGGGAGGCGUUUGCUGGAAUUGACAGGCCUGCACCAGAACCUAAGGGAACAAUUGAUACACUUACUUUGUUGACUGAAAGAUUUGGAAGGAGAGCUGGUAACAUGAAGAUGGCCUCUCUUGCUACAUAUUUUGGCCUUGGAGAGCAAACACAUAGGAGUUUGGAUGAUGUCCGAAUGAAUUUCGAAGUACUAAAGCACUGUGCAACUGUCUUGUUUUUGGAAUCCAGCCUGCCUGAUAUAUUAACCAACUCUCCUAAUGCUGCUGUAAGAAGUCGUGCUAAUGGAAAUACUAAUUUGGAGGGGAUGGGCUUGAGUAUAGAUACACCUUCAUCAAGUGUCAAGAUAGGAAGUCCUAUGAAAUCUGUUGCAGAAGCUUACACAGAAUCAGACAAUCCAAUACUUCCGCUUGUGAGCAGAAAUGUGGAGGAGGUACCAGAUCUUAUUAAAACAAAUUCCUCGAGGCCUGACCCUUUUAACUUGGUCCAAUUCAGUGCGGAAGUAAGGGAAUCCAUUCAGUUAGAUGCAAUGGAUGAAGAACCUGCUUCUUAUUCUCGAGAUUCUUCUGCGUCAAUUGCAACAGAGGGUUACAUUGGCAUCACAGACUUCUUAGAACCAAAUAAAAUUUCAAUUUCUUCUGUCUCCUUAAGUCUAUCCCCCUUACGUAGUGGAAUGCAGAAGAUACAAAUCUUGCACAACAAUGCUGAGCUGCAAGUUUGCUCUAAAUGCCUGAAGGUGCGGUUUGGAAUUAGUACAAAGUUUGUUGAUUAUGCUGGUCGGCCACGGUUGAGUUUUGUGGUUGAUGUAUCAUCAGAGUUAUGCCAACUUUUGGAUGCAAUUGAUAAUCUUGCUCAGAAGUUGACAGAGGAUUCAGGUAGCAUGUCAGAAUGGAGGCCUGUGGUAAACAGAAAACCUGGCUUUAUGAACUCUCCUACUGUUCGUUUAAAUUUACCAACUGUUGUAGAUGGUAAUAUCUCCCGCUGGGUCACGGAGAUAUACCAGAAAGAGUCUUCCGCAACACAGAAGCUUAUGUUCAGUAGGUUUGAUGUGGCAGAACUGGAUUCCUUGAUUAUUCCAGGGACUCUGUUGGAUGUGUACUUCUCAGUGGAUUCAUAUGACUAUCAACAAAUUGCCGGCAUCCGUCUGGUGGCUAAAAAGUUGAUUGUGCAUUCCUCCCUGAUAGAUAAAGCGACUUGUCGAUUGACAUAACAUAAUAGUUGUACAAUUUGCUCCUAUUGUCUACCUAGUUUUUUUACUAAGGACGUAGGAGUAUCCUGUACAGUUUGACAAGAGAAUGCUAUUCAAAUUGUUCACUCUAAUCUAAUAAUUUGGGUGGUUGAUCCACUUAUUAUAACUUGAAUGACCUUUAUACACA